GCUAGGGACAUCACGCUGGGGAUCAAAUUUCUCUACUGCGGCGAGUCCGGGUAGUCGUCUGCUGCCUUCAAACUUCGUUUCUGUGUAAGAAAGAAGCGACAUUUCCCAAUUUACGUCCCAUUGAUAUUAUACUAAGCGUUUACGGAGGCAAUUUUAAGCCUCCUGAAUUACUUUUGAUGACUCGUUGCACCCUCGUUCGUUCGGACGUACUCGUACGCCUACAUUGGAGAAACUUCACCGGCGAAAGGCGUGAGCAUGGAACUCGUAGAGCUGCACAACCAUCCAGAAUACCUCGAUGCCUGCUGCGACAUUCUAAACAGUGAAUGGAAACGAAGCUACACUGCUAGGGCUCAUAGUCUGAGCAAGUCAACCAGCAACCUGCCAGUUUCGUUAGUGCUGGUGCUCAAAUCGGAAGCACAGACACAAGUUCUUGGCCACGCCAGAGUGUGCAAGGUGCUGCAUGAUGAACAAGCCUGCUUCAUUGAGUCAGUCAUCGUCAUCCCAGAAGAAAGAGGAAAAGGGCUUGGGAGGGCGAUCAUGAAGCUCACCGAAGACUACGUCCGCAGAAAAGGCUUCACAAGGUGCCACCUCUCGACGCACGACAAGCAGGAGUUUUACGAACGGAUCGGGUACUCUGUGAGCAACCCUGUGUGUGGGGUUAGUGGAAGUGUGGACCGCUUAGGCCACUUUGAGAAGGGUCUGAUCAGCCAGAGAAAUCUUGCACCAUCUCCAGCAAAGCUACAUCUUCCGGCAGCCCAGACAAGCCAGAACUGUGCUGUACCACCGCCCCCACCAAUGCCUGUGAUGACUCAGCCUAAAGCGCAGCUUGGCACAGGACCCGUGUGGAUGAUAAAGAUACUUUGAGAGACGUGAACACAGCCACACUGGCAUUUCUUCCCUCUCAAGCUAUUUGCAGUCAGUUCCUCUAAAAAUAAAAAUAAAAACAGCAUUGAUUGCCACACAGGACACACUCAACAUACCCUUUACU